AUCAAUCGGUGAUCUGUCAUUCGUUGUAUGUCUCGUUUUUAACUUAAUUGUCCAUUUAGUUUAGAGAACAUCAAGUUAGUUUUUUAACUUGUUACAUCGAAAACAAAUACUUUGAGUCAUUGAAAGGUGGUCAAUAAUUAAAAAAAAAAAAUAAGGUUAUAACAAAGUGAGUGUGAAUAUCUAUCCGUUCAAAGACUGCGGAUCUUGCCAUGACGACGGAAGAACAGUUUCAGGCGGCUGUUAAUGUGAUCAGGAAUUUACCAAAGAAUGGUGCAUAUCAACCUAGCAAUGAAGUUAUGCUACGUUUUUAUGCAUAUUACAAACAAGCAACAGAAGGAUCAUGUCAACAACCAAAACCAGCAUUCUGGGAAGUGGUUAAAAAAGCAAAAUGGGAAGCUUGGACACGCUUGGGUAAUAUGAGUAGAACAGAAGCUAUGAAUAACUAUGUAGAAGAAUUAAAAAAGAUUGUAGAAACAAUGUCUUAUACAGACAAAGUGGCUAAUUUUCUAGACAGUUUAGAUUCAUUUUGCGAAAGUGUCCCACCUGAAGAUUUAGAAUUACUUCUUGGUCCUGUGUUAGAACGUAUGCGCUCACAACCUGGAAUGCCAUUAUCCGGUUCUCCCCUAGCAUCAAGAGAAACAUCACCACAUAGAGGUUGUAACAUGACUCGGCACAUUGCAAGUAGUUUAGAAACCAGCCCAGCUACUAGCCAUAGUGCAAGUCCACUAGAUACCGACGGCGAAGACGAGUUUAUAGAUACUGUCGAAUCAGCUCCGGAACGAAUACCAAAAGACAUAACAAAAACCACUAAUGUUACUCAAAAAAUGGUUAAUGGUUUAAAUGUUUCUACUGAUAAAGUUAAUGAGUUAGUUGCUCAAAGAGAGAACUCUUCAGAAUUAAUUAAUGGAUACACUAAUACAAAUGGCUAUACAGAACCACUAACAGAAAAUAAGCAAGAAAAAAGUAAACAACGUGUUAAAAAAGAUGAAAAAUCUAACGACGAAUUUUUCAAUCAAAUAGCUAUAACUAUGCAAAACUUACAAAGGGAUUUAGAUAGAAUAACAGCCAGAGUGCGCAGUUUAGAAGGUCAAACAUUACAGGCAUUGGCGCCUUCAAUAAAGCAGCCUGCAGCAACUUCAUACCCAAAAUGGUGGCCUUUACCAGAGUGUUCACCGCGAUUAUUCACUAUCUUAAUCGUAUGGCCGUUCAUAGCGCAAUUUUUGAUUUCUUUAACACAACGUUAUCGUCAGCGAAGGCUGUGAUUUAAACAUUACCAUAUUACAUCACUCGAAAUAUAUUCCACUAUUUACUGUUAGAUGAUGAAUUCAAAUCAGUGUUGGAUUCAAGUAAUAUAGACAUUUUUUAAGACAGUUCAAGUAUAUUUCUACAAUCUAAAUAUGUAUAUGGCCAAAACUGCUAUGUGAUUCUUGAUUCAUACAGAUUACAUUUGAAGACGUAAUCAGUUGGGCAAAACUUUAAAAAUUUAUUCUAUCAACUGUUCACACAUAAAUGUAUGUACAGU